UCCCAGCUUUCGUUUGGACAGCGAAGGCAACAUUGUCAUCCCGAAUUAUCUUAGCGUAAUCGUGCCGUUGCUAGUUAGCUAGCAACCCUUCAGUAACAACCAUCUGCUGUCAGUUUAUUAGCAACGCGCGCCGACUAUGUCUUUUAAAAGGGAAGGUGACGACAAGAGUCAGUUAAACAUACUAAAGAAACGACGUGUGGCAGAUCUUCUGUCAAAUUUUAUUCCAGAAGAUGAAGCAGCUCUUAUGAAAAACGGAAGAUACACCUGCGUCGUCUGCUCCUACCGUCCCGUCUUUGACACUGUCGAUAUGCUGACAGUUCACCGAAAGGGGAAAAGGCAUCUAGCUGGAUUAAAAGCAUUUUAUGGGAAAAAGUCACAGUUGAAGAAUGAAAUUACCAAAAGACAACAUAUAAACUACGUCCAGGCUGAAGACAGCAGACAGGAGUGCUCCAGUUCUGCUCCUUUACUGGCACAAACACGGAGGCUCACACAUCACGCGCUUUUGAAGACGGUACCGUACAAUAGUUGCCACAGAAAAAGAAGCACAAAUUCAGAAAAAGGAUCUGCGAGCAUCAGCUCAGGUCCACGCGUCUGCAGCAACGAGCAGGAAAAGACGUAUUUGAAAGCUUCAAGUGAUGUCUCACCAAACGGUUCAAGCGGCUUCACAGCAGUCAAUAGGGAGUCAAAUCCAUCAACAGGCAAUAAUGGACUUCAGUCUGCAGUGACACAAGAGGCCGAGCCGACAACUGCCCAGAGGAGGAAAGAGCUGGAACACUACCUCAAACUGAAAAGUGAUGGGUGGAUACGGGACCCGAGUGGCCAGUGGGUCAAAGAUGAGAAUGUGGAGUUUGACACGGAUGAAGACGAGCCGUCUUCACUAAAUGUCCAACCUGCAAGCAACUGAGAGCAAGUGUGGGAAAGCUCAGAUGAACAUUUGCUCUGUGUUGCACUCAGAAGCUACCACAGCUUUUCAUGUCACCUAUCAACUUUUGAUGCAACUUGAUUGUAUUGCACCUGUUGAAACUUUUAAGUUUUUUCACAGUGUAAACUGUGUGUUUACACCUAGGUAGCCGGGUUUUUCAGUGAUGAUUACACAUUUCUUCUAUAUGCACUACAGGAGUCACAAAGAAUCUAAAUGACUUGACAUGUAGAAAUUCAAUAUUAUUUUUGUAAUAAAUGUACUGAAGUGUA